CGUUUCGUUCAGAACUCCGCACCACACAAUAGGCGAUAAGAGCUAUUUGUGAGCUCAGCGAUGACACUGAUAACAUAUAAAACCGCACUACCGGUUGCGGUUAGCCAGCAUUCCUUCAUGAAUCCUAGCUUGGGCAGUAGGAUUUUUUUCUAGUGAGCUCUUUUAUUGGUUCUCGAUCAAUUAAUCAAACAAAAAACAAAGACAACUUGAGAUUGGUGCGUUCAAAUACUAUCCUAUCAAUAUGAGAGCCUAUAACCGUUUAUUGAUAUUCACAGCGUUGAUAGCAAGUGUCAACGUUGCGUUUGCUCAACGUGACGAUCCCCUGCAAGUAUUCUCCCAGCUGAAGCAAUUAGAGCAAUCACAAGCUAAACCCCAGCAGAGGCGUUCCAGGACCAUUCUGAUUGAUCUAGAAGACUUUGUGGAUUCCAACCAAGCCGAGGCUCUGCUAGCAGGAGAACGAUCAAUACAAAUUUCAAUCCAAAACGAGACAAGUCUGCUGAACCAACUUACCAGAAAUGACGUAAAAGUCAGUGGUCCCAUGUGUGUGGAGUUUAUCAAUGAAAAUAUCGCAAUGCAUAUGAAGCUCGCAGGAGUUGCCUACACCAACUGCUUGAAUAUUGCUGAUGAGCGGGUAUUUUCCGAACUGGCCAAGAUCCCAACGGUUCAAAGCUCAACGUUCACCCGUGAAAAAUACAACGAUUUGAGUUUGUUGGGUUCUUUCCGUGGGGGAAACAUUUUCAUUGACCCCGUCACUAUUCGAAACAAGCUAUCGUCCCGUCUUCGAACCCGAUCAAACCUGCCGAUCGUUCAGGCCGACACGACAACCAACCUCAAAACGGUCUUCGAUGAAGUGAUAUCGAACAUCCGCACCUGCAUGACACAUGCUCAAACACAAUUGGCCGGCAAUCUGGACUUUACUAGACAACAGGUGAUAGCAAUUUGUGCUGGGCAAAAUUCGGAUCAAGUAUAGUGUUUUCUCUGUAAUCGGAAGAAUGGAACAUAAUUCUCAGAUCUAAUCGAUGUUUCUGAUAGUUUCGAAUGUUGUUUGCGAGUGCGCAGGAUUUAAUAAAAAGAACAAAUUGAAAUAGUGAAUUUUUCAUGAAAUUUCAAAAUUACCAAAA